AUGAAAAAGGCCUCCUCGAAAGCAAACGGCUCUUCGGAGCAUCUGCAUCCUUCCUCAGCGGCCACCGCCAAGGCUGCACCUCCUACCUCUGCCGGCACUGGCUCCUCCUCAUCCUCCUCCUCGACACUGACCAACCACGCCACGCACCUUCCGCUCAAGACGCCACGCGAACCCAACGCCUACGAAACCGCCAACGCGUGGACGUGGAACCCGAUCCGCCUCAUCGAACGCAACCUCUUCCGCACCUACUGGAACAUCGAGGGCACCUUUGUCCUCUCGAUGCUCGAAGCAUGGGAGGUGUUUCUCGUCAUCUGCGUCUUCAUCACCCUCACACUCCUGCUGUGCUACACGGUGGUGCACUACCUGCCGAGGCACGCGAGCGAGGUCGCCAACCGCGUGGCGUAUUAUGUCUAUGGCACAGCUCCCUCGGAGAACCUCGCCAGCGGCGUCGCACAGAAGGCAAGCAACGUUACAAGUAAGGUCGCCGAGGCUACAGCAACAGCAGGAGAGGGAUUGAUGGAAAGGCUCAUCGAGAAUAGCAAUCAGCUGUGGGCGAGUCUGGGCGAGGAGGAGAGAGGAAAGCCGGAAGUGGUGGAUAGGUUGAUUAGCAACUUGAACAAGGUCAAGCAGAUGAUGGGUAGCGCGGGGAAGGUCGAGCUCUAG